AUGGCUUCCAAAGCCGCCGCUGCUGCCGCGAGCAACGCGGUUAGCAUUACCAAGAAAUAUACCGUCCAAUCCACCGGCAUCUGGGAGCGUAUCCGCCGUGCCCUGGUCAUCGAUCCAAACCGCUCCAACGGCGUCCCGCUCAACCCCUACAACCGCAACCCCUCGCCAGGCGACAACCCCCCGCUGGAGUACACCGAUCCCGUGACCAUCCCGGCCGGCGAUAUCGCUGACAACCCGUACUGGAAGCGUGACUUCCGGCGGAACUACCCGCGCCCCAGCGUCAUUGCGCAGGCACAGCAGGUCGCGCUGCUGAGCGUGGGGAGCGCGGCGCAGCCUAGGGUGGAGUUGAUUGGUGAGGAAGGGACCAAGGCGCUCGUGGCGGCCGAGGAGGAGGGUAAGGAGAAGGGGGUUGCGAAGUAUUUGGAGGAGAAGGGCGCUGAGGAAGCGAAGAGGGUGUUGGCUUUGACGGGGGGAUUGCCGCCUACGCCGAGCGGGCAGACGAUGGUUACUGGGCAGUGGGACGUGCAUAAGUAUGGGUUGGCGGAGGAGCAGAGUUAUGGGGGGAAGUAA